AUGAUGGCAUCACCUCUAGAAUCACCAUUCCCACCUUCACCUCCAAAUGGAAAGAAUACAUUGACCGUGACUGAUAAUCGCACGGGAAAGACUUAUGAGAUCCCAAUCAACCAAGAGACGGUCAAGGCAUUGGACUUUAGACCAAUCAAAGAGAAUCCAUCUGACUUUGGUACAAUGAUAUAUGACCCAGGUUAUUAUAAUGUAGCCGUUUGCAAGUCACAUAUCACCUAUAUUGAUGGAGACAAGGGUAUAUUAGAGUACAGAGGAUACUCAAUCGAUGACCUGGCCAACAACUCAACCUUCUUGGAGGUUGCCUACCUCUUGAUCUACGGAUCAUUGCCAAACACUACUCAAUUAGACUUGUGGAGCACAAAGAUCAUGAAUCAUACAUUCAUUCAUGAGAACUUGAUCCAACUGAUGAAGUCCUUCCGUUAUGAUGCACAUCCAAUGGGUAUGCUUAUCAGUUCAAUGAGUGCCAUGUCUACAUUCUAUCCAGAGGCCAACCCUGCAUUGCGUGGAGCCGACAUCUACAAGAACAAGCCACUGAUGAACAAACAAAUCUUCAGAAUCCUUGGUAAACUACCAACCAUUGCCGCAUGUGCCUAUCGUCAUCGUAUUGGAAUGCUCGAGGAAAUUGGAUCGACCGACAAGAUUCCAGCAUUCCUCGAGGCCGUCAAGCAGAAGAAGCAACGUCUGAUGGGCUUUGGACAUCGUGUGUACAAGUCCUACGAUCCACGUGCCAAGAUCAUGAAGCAGGUGACCGAAGAGGUUUUCUCGCUGCUUGGCAAGAGUCCACUGAUGGACAUUGCCACCGAGCUCGAGAGGAUUGCCCUCACGGACAAGUACUUCAUUGACCGACAGCUCUAUCCUAAUGUUGAUUUCUACAGUGGAAUCAUUUACAAGACAAUGGGUUUCCCAACUGAUAUGUUCCCAGUCUUGUUCUCAAUUCCAAGAGCAGCAGGAUGGCUUGCACAUUGGGUCGAGUCACUGUCUGAUCCAGACUUGAGAAUAUUCAGACCUCGCCAGAUAUACCUUGGUCGUCGUGGACAGAAGUAUAUCCCAUUGAAGGAGCGUGAGGGACCUCAACAUGAGGAGUUGACCAGCUAUGCCUCUGGAAUGUCAUCCAGAAGGAGAGUGUCCGAUCUGUACGAUGAGACCAAUGCCAUUCCCAAGACUGUCAAUGGUUCCAAGCAGAAGGAGUCAAAGUCCAUCGAAGAGUCCUUUGGUAGCACUACACCAGAGGCAACUGCAACAACAUCGUCCACCAACAAC